AUGUCUGAAUAUUCACAACUUAUGAUUUAUUCAAAUUUAACGUUAAUAGUUUUCGGAAUUUUGGGAAAUUUUACAAUAGUUUGGAUAACUAUUGCGAAUAAAAAUUUACAUAGCCGAUGUAAUUUAUUAAUUGGAAUUUUGGCAUUUUUCGAUUUGGUUAUUGGUUUCUAUUUGGUGAGUUUUAGUGUGGGAAUUCGCAAUAUUUUAAACUUUUGAUGACUGAAAAUACGAAAAAAAAAGAUACGCAAAUUAGUUUUUGAAAUGAAAUUAUAAUGAAUAUCAUCCGGUGAUAAAUUUUUUUGAAUAAUAUUUUUCAAAAUCUAUUCAAAAACCUCUCAUAUAAAAUUACAACAUCUCUAUCCUAAUGAUUUUUAGGCAAGCCUACGAUUUUUGAUGAUUUUUCAAUAUUAUAAUAUUCCUACCUCAUUUUGUUUUUAUUUCUCGAUUUAUGGACUAUUUUCACUAAAUAUGCAAUCUUCUUUAGGCCUUAUUAUUGGAAUUGAUCGACUUUUAAAUGUCUCUUAUCCUUUGAGGUUUGUCAAUAUUUUUCAUUAAAAUAAUUGUUCUAAAUUCAAAUUCCAGGUAUUCAUUUCUUCCAAAAAGUAUUUAUGUGAUGCUCAUUUUAUCUUGCCUAAUUUUUUCAUUUAUCAUCACAUUUUUUGGAUAUCUCGAUGUUCUUGAUGGUAUCUAUAAAAUUCCAGUCUAAAAACUAUAAUAAACAACUGAUUUCAGAUAAAUCCGAUGUUGUCGUCUGUCUACCUCCUAACGCAUAUUCAGGAAAUUCUCGAAAACUUUGGUUAGCUUCCAAUUUUUUCAUCUCAAUUUGUGUUAUAAUUGUAUAUUCAAUGGCGCAUUUGAGAUGUCAAAUAAUGCGAGCAAGUAAUACACAUCAACAAACAUGUCAAAUGAUAACUCGACUUAUGAAAUCUUUAUCAAUUGUUGUCGGUGUUUAUGUAUGCACUUGGUUUGUAACAAUUGCUUGCAUAUUUUUCAUGCAGGUUAGUUGAAAAAUAUUAGGAAAAGAUUCAGGAAAUUUAAAUUUUUUGAAUGGAAGAAUUAAAAUAUUUCAAAACCCUAGAAUUUUCACUUUUGAAUUAUUCAAAAAAUCACUAAUAAUUAUGACUUGGCAAAGCAUUUUUUCAUUUUUCAGAAAUUGAAACUAAAAAUUAUUUGGCAGUUUCAGUAUAAUACGAGAGUUAAAGGAAACAUUUUCAGAUAGUGCCAAUUCCUGCUGAAAUUAGUGCUCGAAUCAAUGAACAGCUUGGUUGGUGUGUGAUUAUUAACGCAUCUCUCAACUUUUUCAUCUAUUUUUGGCGAACUCCCGAAUAUAGGAAAGCUAUUUUGAGAUUAUAUGGAAUUCCGGGAAGUGAAAAUAGUGAUUUUGUUUUCAAUGCGUCGAAUCGAAAUGUUUCAAUCACAAGAAAAAGUGUGGCCGCAUAA